AUGGCGCCCCCAGGCCUGGGUAGCAAGGGAAAGGCGACCAAGCCGGGCUCCAAGCCCUCGCAGCCACCGCGCAGCCGGAACACAACGCCGCUCCCCAAUGUGCGCGCCUCGGUCGAGCCUGCCGCGUCGUCAUCGUACUUCGGAAACCGCCUGAGCUCAUAUCUCAAGAAGUGCCCUACUACCGUCGAGGACAUCCUGGACGGCGGCACCAGCGGCUCGUCGAUUCCAUCCGGCAAGCAGCUCUUUCUUAUGCGCGACAACAUCGAGAAGAAUGUCCUGAAGAACGUCGAAUCACGCUGCGUGCAGUCGGAAGGUGCGCUGAGGGAACUCAUGAACAACAAGAAGAACCGCGCGCCGCGCGAAAGAGACAGGGAAAAGGACGGCGAGGAGCGCAAACACAAGCUCAAGAAGGUGAGCAAGAAGCACGACGAGGACGGAAAGCACCCACCUGCGACCGGUGCCCAUGGCCUGGCCAGGCAGGACGGUGGUGACGCCAAAGAAAACUCCUCCGCCAUCUCAUCGCCGAUAUCCCAAGCCCCGCCCUCUGCUGCCGGCGGCGGACUAGCCGACGCUCCCUCACCCAGCGGCUCCGAUGUCUCCCACCAACCCGCGCCCGCCCCCGCCGUACCGCAGUUCCAAACCUUUGGCCCAGACCCCGCCAAAUUCGAUGACCCCACCAUAUACCAUAUACGCGAAGUUACCCCGGGCAUGUCGAUCGAGGAAAGGAAGGAGAUUUACUGCGUCGCCGACUUUCCCAAGUCCAAUCUCCGGGACAGGAUAGCCGGGUCACCACCAGCAAAGGACUUCUCCAACGCCAAGCCCCCAUCGCAGGUUAAUGCCACUGUCUUCGCCAACUACGUUGAACCCUACAUAAGACCACUUACCGAGGAAGAUGUCGCUUUCCUGAAAGAGCGCGGCGACCGAGUAGCGCCCUUUGUGCUUCCUAGGCGGGGCCCGCGGCAUUACAAGGAGAUCUGGGCUGAAGAGGAUGGCUCUAUGCACAUAGACUCCAACGACCAGCGACCGCCGCCCAACGUCCCGCGCGGGGCAGCCGAAGACAUAACAGACGACGUGCUUGAGACCGACCAGGUGUCUACCGGUCCUCUCCUGUCGCGCCUGCUAGCCACAUUACGUCCCGAGGGCCGCGGCAAUCAGAACUCCCAACACGAGACGAAUGGAAUCAAUGGAGACGCCAUGGACAUUGACGAAGGUGCAGGUGCACCAGCAGAUGUCACCAACAACAACUCGAUACCCGCCGCCGCCCAACUUCCCGAACUUGUCCAGCCCAGUUGGAAACCUCCGCAACAAACCAAUCGCACCGACUAUGUUGGCAUAGAAGAUCGCGUGCUGAUGGAACUCAAGCACUUUGGCCUAAUCUCGGAAGCAGACGCCGAAGCACAGUCGUACGAUUCCCACUUUGACGACGAAGUAGCUCAACGGCUACGCUUUCUGCAAGAAGAACUCCGCAAACAGUCCAUCAUCAACGGCGCGCGGAAACAGCGCCUCCUCGAACUCACCGAGGAGCGCAUAGCCCAGCAAGAGUACAACACUAUAGCUGACGAUCUUGACAACCAACUCAACGCCGCAUACCUCAAGCGUAACCGCAAUAUAGGCAAGGGCAAGAAACAAAACAAGCGGCCUGGUGGUGCGGGAGGCGGAAGCCAUCCUGUGGCCAACGCUGGCAUUUCGAGACCGGGCGUCGGCGAGCCAAUACGGACUCUGAUGGAGAGGAGACAGCAAUGGAUCAAUACUAUUGGUCCUGUUGUGAACUAUGGCAAGACAGGGUUGCCGACCGAGACCAUAUUCGGGGAAGAGAAGAUGAAGGAGUUGGAAAACAGGGAGGUGGAGAUCUGGAACACAGAGGCUGAAGAGUAG